GUUGAUCCUACGCUAUCAAUAUGGAGCACGCGAAUCCGGAAAACCGAACAUUCUAGAAAACCUAGCCUUCUAUAAUUUCCCCCAAUUUCCAUUUCUUCUCUUUCUCUCUCUCUUGAUUUCCCAAUCAACGCAACAAACCAAACCCUUACCAAAAUUUUCAACCCUUUCUUUAGCUUUUCCCUUUCAGUUUUUUAAGCAUGGCAUCGAAACGCAUCUUGAAGGAGCUCAAAGAUUUGCAGAAGGACCCUCCUACGUCAUGCAGCGCUGGUCCUGUGGCUGAGGACAUGUUUCACUGGCAAGCAACAAUCAUGGGACCAGCUGAUAGCCCAUAUACUGGCGGUGUUUUCCUUGUUUCGAUUCAUUUUCCUCCGGACUAUCCAUUCAAGCCACCAAAGGUUGCAUUUAGGACCAAGGUAUUCCACCCAAAUAUCAACAGUAAUGGAAGUAUAUGCCUUGACAUUCUUAAAGAGCAAUGGAGCCCUGCACUAACAAUUUCGAAGGUUCUUUUGUCAAUUUGCUCAUUGUUGACGGAUCCCAACCCUGAUGAUCCUCUUGUCCCUGAAAUUGCGCACAUGUACAAGACUGACAGGGCUAAGUAUGAAGCUACCGCACGCAGCUGGACACAGAAGUAUGCUAUGGGAUGAUUAUAAAUACUUUUGGUUUGCUGUUUAAAUUGAGCUGCGUAAUCACGACUACGACUUAUGUCAAACAAAAUGAUAUUUUGAAUGAAUGUUCUAUCUUUUCUUAUCAGGGGAACUAAGCCAUGGUAAGGGAAUUGGUUUUUAUCAUUUGUGAAUAUUUCUUUGUGAGACAAUGGUGAUGGAAGUUGUAAUGUAUUGGCAUGCAGAUUUCCUUUUUUUUUUUUAAAUUGACCUUCUAUUCUAAACCUGUGAUGAAGUAAUAUAUAGUUGUGAAAACUACUUAUAUAA